AUGUCUCCAAAGCCCGUCGUCCUGCACGUCGGUGAGCCGAUCAAGUACAAUCACGAUUUCUACGAGAAUGAGUUAUGUGAGCGCUUCGAGGUCGUCCAUAAUGGGGACUUGGAUCGGGAAUCCUUCAUCAAAGCAUUAAAGAGCAAGAAGUAUAGCGACUUCUCGGCAAUCUAUCGACCGCAUUUCCAGACGGGGGGCGAGAUGGGUCAAUGGGACGACGAGUUGAUUUCAUUGCUUCCACCCUCCGUAAGAACAUUUGCCUCAGCCGGUGCCGGAUUCAACUGGGCAGACGUAGACGCCCUCGGCCGUCGCAAGAUAUGGUACGCGAACGGCGCCGGUGCCUCUGACGAAGCCGUCUCCGGCACCGGCUUAUACAUGAUACUCUCGGUCUUUCGCAAUUUCACCCGAUCACAGCUUGCGGCCAGGACGUGGGACCCCGAGAAGUUCAACGCCUGCCACAAGCUCACUGCGACCAUCUCGGCGAACCCGAGGGGCCAUGUUCUAGGCAUCAAGCUUGCCUACAAGGCACGCGCAGCGCUUGGGAUGGAGAUUUACUACUACGAUGUCGUGCCAGCCGCGCCCGAGGUCGAGAAAGAGCUUGGGGCCACCUUUCACGGGGCCCUGCAUGAUUUGCUGCGUGUUGCGGAUUGCAUCAGUCUGCAUACGCCCCUGAACAAACACACGCAGGACUUGAUGAACAGCGAAGCGUUUGCUGUGAUGAAAGACGGGGCGCGCUUGAUCAACACGGCGAGAGGACCGGUCGUGAACGAAGAUGCUCUUGUGGAGGCACUAAGGAGCGGGAAGAUUGCCGCGGCAGGGUUGGAUGUGCAUUACAACGAGCCCUAA